AUGGACUUCGCGUCCCUCAUGAGCAAGGAGCUGUCCAAAGCGAAAGCCACGAGCGACCCCGAUAAAAGUUACCUCAGGCGGUCGGAAGUCGAGGAAAAACGAAAAGCAGCCUACUUGGCGGAACAAAGGGCGCUCGAGGAACAGCGCCAAGCCAAGGCCGCAGCCAAGCGGAAGCGCGAGGACGAAAUCGCCGCCGAGGACGCCGCGCGGGAGGAAAAGCGGCGCGUCCUCGCAGAGGAGUCGCGCAAGCUGAGGCUGCAGGCCGAGAAGGACGAAGAGCGCGAGCGAAGGAAGCGCCUGGGUCUCCCGGAAGCGGUGGAAAGGGACGAUGGGGACGGGGCAGAGGGCCAGAACGGCGCCGACAGAGACGACGUCCCCGAGGAGGAACUGCGAGCCAGGCUCAGAGAGCUGGGGCACCCGGUUUGCCUUUUCGGCGAGUCUCACGCCGCCAGGCUACGGCGGUACAGGAAGUUGACGACGGUGGUGAGCAAAGGCCCCAUACCGACGACGCUGGAGCUCAUCGACGAGAAGGACAUGAGGGUCGACGGUACGAUCCCCCGGGACCAGGAAGGCAAAAAAUGGCUCUUCAGACAGCUGGCGAGCUACUUCACCAUGGUCAUGGCGGCGUAUGAAAAGACCAUGGAGGAGGAGAGGAGCAACACAAACGCCAGCAAGAUGGCGUAUAAUGCCAUGGUGCAGACUCGGGAGAAUAUGAAGCCGCUCUUUCGAAAAUUUGAAUCCGGCGACUUGGAUGACUCGCUCAUCGAACCCAUCGUACAAAUCGUCAAGGCUCUCCAAGAGAGGCGCUACGUCGAUGCCAAUGACGACUACCUCCGCCUCAGCAUCGGCAAAGCCGCAUGGCCCAUUGGCGUAACCAUGGUUGGCAUUCACGAGAGAAGCGCUCGCGAAAAGCUGCAUGGCGGAGCCAAAGGCCACGUCAUGGGCGAUGAGGUCACGCGCAAGUUUUUGCAGAGCAUCAAGCGGUGUCUUACCUUUGCCCAGGUCCGGUGGCCGCCGACAGAUUUUCGACAAUUGAUGGGCUGA